AUGCAUCUCACGUCUCUGGUCCUCACUGCCGGCCUAGCCGCAGCCGCACCCUCGUUCAACCCCCGCGGCAAUGAUCACGACUCUCGUCCAACAGUCACUAACAUCCAGGUCGGGCCUCGUCCGUACUACCUGGUCGACGCAAUGGCCGACAGCCCGCUGAAAAAGAAACUCCAGUCCUGCUCGGAGAAGCGCAUCAAGCACGCGCCCGCCUUCUCCAUCUCCCACCGUGGUGGUCCGCUCGAGUUCCCCGAACACACCCGCGAGGGCAUUCUCGCCGCCGCGCGCAUGGGCGCAGGCAUCAUGGAAUGCGAUGUCGCGUUCACCUCAGACCGCCAGCUCGUCUGCCGCCACUCGCAGUGCGACCUGCACACGACGACCAACAUCCUCACCAUCCCGAGCCUGGCAGCAAAAUGCACCGUCCCCUUCCAGCCCGCGACGAACGGCAAGUCCGCGACAGCCAAGUGCUGCACCUCCGACAUCACCCUCGCCGAGUUCAAGACCCUCUGCGCCAAGAUGGACGGGUACAAUGCUUCCGCUACCACGCCCGAGGACUACCAGCACGGCACGGCGGCGUGGCGCACGGAUCUCUACGCGACAUGCGGCACGCCGAUAGAGCACAACGAGUACAUCGAGCUGGUGGACCGUCUGGGCCUGCAGUUCACGCCAGAACUGAAGACGCCGGAGGUGGCCAUGCCGUUUGGUGGCAACUACACGCAGGCAAUGUACGCGCAGCAGCUCAUCGACGACUACAAGGCCCACGGCAUCCACCCCUCGCGCGUCUGGCCGCAGUCGUUCCUGCCGGACGACAUCUUCUACUGGCUUCAGCAUGAGCCCAAAUUCGGCAAGCAGGCGAUCUACCUCGAUGAGCGCGUCGAUACCGCGGCCGGAUACCAGCAGGCCGUGGACGGAAUGGCCGACCUCGCUAAGAAGGGCGUGAAGAUUAUGGCGCCGCCCAUCUUUGCGCUGCUGAAUACCACCGCGGACGGGGAGAUCGUGCCGUCGACGUAUGCGGUUGCGGCGAAGAAAGCCGGGCUGGAUAUCAUUACCUGGUCGCUGGAGCGGUCGGGGCCCCUGAAGGCGGCGGCCGCCAAGGGAGAGUACUAUAUCCAGUCUGUCAAGUCGACGAUCACCGGGGACGGGGAUAUGUAUCGCAUUGUGGACGCGUUGGCACGAAAGGUGGGCGUCAAGGGAAUUUUCUCGGAUUGGCCGGCCACGGUGACGUAUUAUGCUGCUUGUAUGGGAUUGGACUAG